GAACGGAACACAUCCCCCCUCUCCCUCUCAUCACGGAAAGGGAUUGUAUUUCAGGUUGAGGGAAAGGAGCGAUUUGCCUACAAAUUAGGCUGGAACUGUGGAGAAGAAACUGUUUGCUGGCCAGACGUGUGUGCCAGGACGGGAAUGAAACGCGGCAGGAGGAGAAGGGGUAGGCGCCCGCACAAGUGAGCAGUGGGGUUUUCUUUUAGCACUGCCCUGCUGUCCCCCAGGCUCUGGCGCUGCUGUCAGUGGCGGCUCUGGGCGCUCAGCGCACGCGCCUGCUCCGGGCCAGCGUUAGCGCCUUUGCUCGGCAGUGGCUUCCGGGAGGCCCGCGGCGUCCCUGAGAAACAAACGGUCACCAUUCAACCUUCUGCUGACUCCAUAGACAAGCAGAUGUGUAGAGAUUACAGAGAGAUGUCUGAGCAGCUGUUUCACAAUCCACACAGAGAAGGGUAUCCUUUGUCAGGCCAGUGGAAACAUCUCCCGGGAUCACUGGCCAAGCCAGAAUGUCACCCCACACAGGUUUUGAAAGUGACCUUGGGUCAAUGAAAACUGCCUCAUUGCCGUGAUUCAGAACAGCUUCAGUCAUUCAUUCAGUAAUAUCUAUUGAGCAGCUAAUAUGCAGAGAUGAAUGAAUGGCGGGCCCUGCAAGAAGACAUUCAUGACGACUGGGACAGUUGCCACGUGCAUUCACCGUUAGCAAUGAUGGACUGUGAGCACAGGGUGACGGUGAGGAGGUCUGAGAGCAAGGCGACAUGCCCCCUUUGGAUCAAUUCAGCAGCUAUUAGGUAACUGGAGCAAGGAAAGAGGACCUGGGAGGCAGCAGAGGAUGGAACUGCUUUGUUGAGCACUAGAACCAGCAGCAGACACGCCAAUCACACAGCAUUCCUCUCUCGGUAAAUUCAGAAGGUGCUGCUCAGCGAUGGUCUGGUUUGACCAUCACAGCCACCCUGCCAGGUAGUGGGGCAGUUUUUGUCCCCGCUCUCCAGAUAAGGAAGUUGAGGGGCAGAGCAGCAGGAUGUAGCGUCCAGAUCUCCUGAUUUUUUUCUUCAAGACCCUGCAGCUUCACUGGGUGUUGAGAUUAGGUUGUGGCUCCAUCCAUCAGUGCUUUGUGAUGUUUGCCUUUUGCCAAAGAGGAGGACGGAUUAACCGCCAGUGCCCUGGACAUUCUGGAAACUUGCUAAUAGAGUUUGUCUGACUCUUGCUCGUAUGCUAUUCUUUGCUACUUUCAGGAAGAGAAACUAGAAUACAUUUCUUAUGACAGAAUAUGCUCUGGAUUUUGAUUAAUAUCUGGUGAGUCCCCAAAGACCAGGUUACUGCAAGUUUAGGACCACAUUGCUAAUUCCACAUGCAUUCAAUAGCACUAUCUUAGUGAGGGGAGCAAUUUUAUAGAAUUAUUAAUUCAAAUCUCAAAGAAUAAUUGCAGGAAACGUAUUUCUGACUAUUUAGAAGUGACUCACUAUGGGAGCAUUUGAAAACUAUAUAUUAUUUUUAUCAGUAAAUAGAAUUGCCCAUAGUCAAUGUUAUCUCCUCACAUCCAGGGAUUCUAAGACCCGAUUAUUCAUUUCCCUCAAAACAACUGACAGCAAAGCUCGGGAAAGAAAACCCACCAAACUCUCUGCAAGGUUGCCACCUCCCCUAAACCCACUGCAAACUGAUAACACCACACCCUCCUCUGCAAAAGAACAGAGGGGAAGAUAAGAUGGAAACUUUCAUUCCAGUUCCCAAUAGUUUCCACAGCCAGUGAGACAUCAGAAUCAGAAGAGGUUCUACAACCAGAAAAUCUUGGCUAGCAUUCCACUGUCUGGAAUAAAACCGGAAAACUGAGAGCCUUAGAUAGCUCUUCUCAGGGGUCUUUGCCAGGAUAAGGUGCUUUGGAAUAUUUAAAUCAAAACAAAGGGCGGCAAAGAAUUCAUACUCUUUGGUCAUUUCCCAGUGAAAUAUCAGACUGUAUAAAAUAUUUUUUCCAGAAAGUACAUAAUGCACUUUUCAUUAGCUGGUGUUUGGCCUCACCAAGGUGAAGCAAGAAAAUGAAACUCUACCUGCGUCAGCAAGAUUCUCCUAGACACAGGUGUUCACUGCCCAAGGCACUGCCGUCCCUACAUUUUCGAGCAUAUUAGACUCUAGUGAGUGCCCUGAGAUGGCCACGACAGAGCAGUGGUCUCAGCCUGGCUGCUUUCUGAGGCUUGCUCCAUUCAGAAGGAGGUGGCCCAGAUCUGUCUUCUCUUCCCAACAAUCCCUGGCGUUGACACUUCCCGAGAAAGCAGGGCUUGUUCUCUUGUGUGCCACCACUGUGGAAUGCAGCUCUUCCUGUCAGGAAGACGGUGGUUUUACGGGAAGGCUAGGACUUGCUGGAGGUAAGAUUUGAACAGGCAAACAGGGUGUUGCCUUGCUGCCCAGGGAAAUGGCAGGCAGAGAAAGCCUGGGGUGGGGGUGGGUGCCCGGCAGCACAGGCUGCCUGCGGCAGGCUGGUCACUAAUUUUGCCUGGAGCACAGCACAGGUGGGGAGGAGAUACAGGAGGGAAGAGAGGUAGCCAAUGCAAAGGCAGCCCAGAGUUUUCAACACCAGCUUUGGGAAUCUGGGACCGAUCUAUUGGCCUCUGCCACUCAAAGUGUGGUGCAAGGACCAAGGCAUCCGUGUACUGAGAGCUUGUUGGAAAUGCAGAAGCCCAGGCCCCCACCUAGGCCUGUUGAAUGGAAUCACAAUGUGCAUCUGAACAGGACGCCCAGGAGAUUUACUAGGCUAAGAGGAAGCAAGAAUGAUUUAGGAGCUGGGGAUGAGAGGGGUGGUCAGGUGAUGGAAAAAGUGUUUGGGAUUGAGCUCGCUGAAAGGGCUGGAAAACGCGCAUUUAGCACCCCCUCCCCCAUUCCUGGCUACAGUCCAGGUGUGAGCAAUGGCAGGAGGGAGGGCCAGGUAAAACAGGUCUUUGCCCCCAAGCCAGGACGCCUGAGACACGCCCCUACCCCACCUGCACCUCAGGUGGCAGGAACCUUGCUGGUGAUCAGCCCAGACGCUGCGUGCUGGGGAGGUGGACAUCCCCCGCUCGCUCUGUGUUUUGGAAGUCAGAUUUCCCUGCUGUGGUUUAUGCACCCGACCCCCCCAAAGUUCUUGCUCCCGCUGCCACAGGGAGCUGGGGGAGCGAGGCGUGCCGCUGCCGGUGCCCUGCAGCCACGCAACGCGCCUGCUCCUGGCGGAGCCCGAGCUUCUGGGAAAGACAUUUCGGAAGUUUCCUGGGGCUGCAACAAACUGUUUGGGUCUGCACCGCAGCACUUCUGUGACCCGCCUCGCUCCAUCUCAGGGCAGCCCGCUCCCCAAACUGGAAGCUGCCCAGCACUGCCCUCUCCCUGGCCCCCCGCAGGCUUUGCUUCCCGGGGUGCCCAGAUGCCCGGCCUCUGUCCCCACCGGCAGCCCAGCAGAGCGGCUGGGGCUGGGGCAGACUGAGCUGCUGGGCUGUCCUGCCCCAGGCCGGAGGUGGAGCUUCCUUCCCCGGUGGGCGAGAACGUGGGAGGCAGUGAUCUGCUCUGGGGUCUGGGGAGAUCUGCAUCAGCAGUCAGGAAGAAAGGCUGGGGACAUGGAGGGAACUCUCACCUGAAGAUUCUAGGGUCCUCAAUUUUGAAAUGUUACAUGAUAUACUAGAAAGGGCAUGGAGUUAGUUGACAAUGAAUUCCUGCCUUUUCCGAUCAGUGCUGUGUGACCCUGCCCCAGAACGCUAAUGCAAUCUCCUACCAAGAAAUGUCUGGAGCCUUCGUGGUGACCAGCGAAGUACCAGUGAACGUCAAGUAA